AUCCUGCCCGUGAGCAAUCUCCCAACUCAUCUCUGUCUAUGUCUGGACAUAUGGACGUUGCGAAUUAAAUCACCGCACACCCCUCCCGUGAGAAAUGUCGCUCCUUGUCGCGACCGUCGUGUCCAUGAGAGGCGGCCAUGUCUACGACGAUGGAAAUCGGUAUAAAUGCGGUCUAAGUUGAUUUAAGUAGAAGCGAGAACGCACGAGACGUGUGGAAUAGCACACCGAAUAGCGGUGGAACAGCUCGGAAGAAGAUUCAGGAAGUCUCCGCCGUGGUCUGCCGUUGUCGCGGAUUCUGUCGUCCCGUCGCAUUUGGAGCAGACUUCGCCUCGAGCGGACUUCGUACGACUCUCUUUGUAUAUCUGGUCGCGUUCACUGCAUAGCUCGCUACGGCUGCUCGACAACGAGACGAUCGAGACCGAGUAAACUUUCCCCCAGGAAUGCUUGGCCGCGGCUGAAGGUGGUCAAAGGUAACUCAAGGAGACCCAGCGACGGAAUUAUUCCGAUUUCUCCCGUUGGGCUGAUCGACGGAGACCGAGGAGUCGCGGAGCAGGAUGUCGACGUGACCCUCCAAGGAUGGAGCGCCCUGCUGCACGAUCAUCAUAUAAAAAUAUUUAAGUGCCACUGGAAUAAAAACCAUUAAAAUGGCUGACGUAGAUCCGGAAACCUUACUGGAAUGGCUCAAUAUGGGCCAGGGCGACGAAAGAGACAUGCAGCUGAUAGCACUGGAACAACUGUGCAUGUUGCUGUUGAUGUCCGACAAUGUUGACCGUUGCUUCGAAUGUUGCCCACCCCGCACGUUCCUGCCAGCUCUUUGCCGCAUCUUCCUGGAUGACCUGGCUCCGGACAGUGUUCUCGAAGUGACAGCCCGAGCCAUUACGUACUACCUAGAUGUAUCGGCAGAGUGCACUCGACGAGUGGUAGCCAUAGACGGUGCAGUCAAAGCGAUCUGCGGUCGUCUGUCCGGUGCUGGAUUGGGUUCUAGAGCGAGCCGCGACCUCGCCGAGCAAUGUAUCAAGGUCUUAGAACUGGUAUGCGCCAGGGAGGCCGGAGCUGUUUUCGAAGCUGGAGGUCUGCCCUGUGCCCUCUGCUUCAUUCGCGAACACGGAGCCAGGGUGCACCGCGACACAUUGCAUUCCGCCAUGGCAGUCGUUUCCCGUUUAUGCGGCAAGGUCGAGCCCGUGGACAAGGCGCUGCCAGACUGCGUCGAGGCGCUCUCGACGUUGCUGAGACACGAGGACGCCCACGUGGCUGACGGUGCCCUGCGUUGCUUCGCCUCCUUGGCCGACCGCUUCUCCAGGAGGGGCAUUGAUCCCGCACCCCUGGCUUCCAACGGCCUCGUCUCCGAACUACUAUACAGACUCUCGAACGCGGCGGGUCCAGGUGCGUCGGUGGCGGCGACCUCGGGGACUCCGAAGGCCCCGGCGACAUCGGGCCCUACGGGUCCAGCUCCGGAGCCGAAGUCCUGCGCCUCGGUGUCCACCAUCAUCAGCCUGCUCUCGACUCUCUGCCGAGGGUCGCCGUCGAUAACCCACGAUCUAUUGCGAUCGGAGCUACCGGACGCGAUUGAGAAGGCGCUCAAGGGCGACGAGCGUUGUGCCCUAGACUCGAUGAGGCUGGUGGACCUGCUGCUGGUGCUGCUCUUCGAAGGGAGGUCCGCCCUGGGACGCGGUGGUCCUUCCUCUACGGCGGGGUCGAGUGGACCCCUGCUUCCUAGGCUGCGUCGCCUGGACAGCGCCGGCGAGAAGUCGCAUCGUCAGUUGAUCGACUGCAUCCGCUCCAAGGACACGGACGCCCUCGUCGAGGCGAUCGACUCUGGUGGCAUCGAGGUCAACUUCAUGGACGACGUGGGUCAGACCCUCCUUAACUGGGCUUCCGCCUUCGGCACCCAAGAGAUGGUCGAGUUCCUCUGCGACCGGGGCGCCGACGUCAACAAGGGACAGAGAUCCUCCAGCCUUCACUACGCCGCCUGCUUUGGCAGGCCCGCCAUCGCCAAGGUCUUGUUGAGACACGGGGCGAACCCCGACCUCAGGGACGAGGACGGCAAAACCCCUCUGGAUAAGGCCAGGGAGCGCGUCGACGAGGGCCAUCGCGAGGUCGCCGCCAUCUUGCAAUCCCCCGGAGAGUGGGUGCUGCCCGACCGCGACCAUCGGAAACGGGAGGCCGAGUCCGAGGAGGACUCCACCGAGCCCAGGGGAGACCCUGAGAUGGCGCCCGUCUACCUGGGCAGACUCUUGCCCGUCUUCUGCGCCACCUUCCAAUCCACCAUGCUCCCCAGCGUCAGGAAGGCCAGUCUGAGCCUCGUCAGGAAGAUGGUCCACUAUAUCCAGCCGGAACUCCUCGCCGAGACCUGCGGCGGCGGCUGCACCGUUGGGUGCGGCGCCACUCUCGUCGAGGUCAUCGCCAAUGUCCUCGACAAUGAGGAGGACGAGGACGGGCACCUGGUGGUGCUGCAGAUGAUCCAGGACCUGAUGGCAAAGGGCCGGGAGGAGUUCCUGGAGCACUUCGCCCGACUCGGCGUCUUCUCGAAGGUAGCCGCCCUGGCGGGGCCGCAGGAGUCGACCUCAGCCGAACCGGAGGCGGACGCGGGCCAGGGUGGGGAGGAACAGCGAUCGGAGGACGCCCGGGAGUUGCUCGUCGGCAGGGCCUAUCACUGGCGCGAGUGGUGCAUCUGCAAGGGUCGCGAUUGCCUCUACGUCUGGUCCGACGCCGCCGCCCUGGAGCUCAGCAACGGCAGUAAUGGGUGGUUCCGGUUCAUCCUCGACGGCAAGCUGGCCACCAUGUACUCCAGCGGAAGCCCCGAAGGCGGCACCGACACCACCGGAAAGGGGAGGAACACGGAGUCGCUUACCAUGGAAGAGAACCGGGGCGAGUUCCUGGAGAAGCUGCAGAGGGCCAGGAGCCAGGUCAAGCCGAACUCUGUGAGCCAACCCGUGCUAUCCCGACCUGGACCUACACGCCUGGUGGUCGGAAAUUGGGCACUCUUCAGUCGCAAGGAAAGCGAGCUCUACAUACACAAUUCGGACGGUCAGCAACAGGCCACGAUUCUCAGGGAAGACCUGCCAGGAUUCAUCUUCGAGUCUAACCGGGGCACCAAGCACUCCUUCACGGCAGAGACGAGCCUGGGCCCCGAGUUUGCAGCCGGCUGGGCUGGGAAACGUGGGAAGAGACUCAGGUCGAAGAUCGAGGCCAUCAAGCAGAAGGUGAAGACUCAGGCGCAGGAUAUCUACGAGAGAUACUUCAGGGCAGCUCAGGCUCAACCUCGAGGAGUGGUCGCCAAGCUCGCAGCAAUCGUCAACCAGACGGAGAAGGCCUGCCAGAAGCAGCAGUCCGGGAAUAGAGAGUGGAGGGGCAUCCUGCAGGCUGUCCUCGAAGAGCUAAAAGCUCUCCUGAACGAGGAGGGCAGAGUUUCCGCGUACGAACUUCAUUCCAGCGGUCUCGUCCAGGCUUUACUCGCGCUCCUGGCUGCGCCUUCGGGUCCUCAGCCCACCUCCCUCAGGGCCACCAAGCUUAGGAUGCAGCGGAUCGCCCUCUUCAAGAACUGCUUCCACAUGAACGACUCGGCAGUGGAGCACAACUCCGCCAAGGUGCUCGUUCACAAGCUCGUGUCGGUCCUGGAGUCCAUCGAGAAGCUUCCUGUCUACCUUUACGACACACCUGGCUCUGGAUACGGCUUGCAGAUCCUGACCAGGAGACUGCGGUUCCGCCUCGAGAAAGCUGCAGGAGAGAGCGCUCUGAUCGACAGAUCCGGACGUAGCUUGAAGAUGGAGCCCUUGAGCACGGUCCAGCAGCUGGAGAACCAUUUGCUGAAGAUGGUCGCGAAACAGUGGCACGACCACGACCGGUCCACCUUCACCUUCGUCAAGAAGCUGAAGGAGGGCCACCGACUGUCGUUCAAGUAUCAGCACGAUUUCGACGAGUGCGGGGUUUUAUACUGGAUAGGCACGAAUGCAAAAACCUGCUCGGAGUGGGUGAAUCCUGCCCAGUACGGUCUCGUCGUGGUGACCUCGAGCGAUGGCCGCAACCUGCCGUAUGGACACCUCGAAGACAUCCUCAGCAGGGAUCCGUCCGCCUUGAAUUGCCACACCAACGACGACAAGAAGGCCUGGUUCUCAAUAGACCUCGGCAUCUGGGUCAUCCCCACCGCCUACACCCUGAGGCACGCCAGAGGGUACGGCAGGAGUGCCCUGCGGAACUGGAUGUUCCAGGCCUCGAAAGACGGCGUCACCUGGACGACCCUCUACACCCACGUGGACGAUUUCCUGCUGAACGAGCCCGGCAGCACGGCGACCUGGACCCUGGAGCCUCCCAGUGACGAGACCCAAGGGUGGAGGCACCUUCGUCUCCAGCAGACCGGGAAAAACGCCUCGGGACAGACCCAUUAUCUUUCGGUCUCUGGAUUCGAGGUCUACGGAGAGGUGACCGGGGUCUGCGAGGACCUGGGGCGCGCGGCCAGGGAAGCCGAGGCCGGCGUCAGGAGGCAGAGGAGGCUCAUCAGGACCCAGGUCCUCAGGCAUCUCGUUGUCGGGGCCAGGGUCGCUCGUGGCCUCGACUGGAAGUGGAGAGACCAGGAUGGCUUGCCACCAGGCGAGGGCACUGUAACCGGAGAGCUGCACAACGGGUGGAUAGACGUGACCUGGGAUCACGGCGGCUCGAACUCGUACAGAAUGGGCGCCGAGGGGAAGUACGACCUGAAGCUGGUGGGCUCGGCGGCCUUGGAGCCGGAGAAUCCUACCAAGGCGAAAAACGGAACGACCGGAGUAUUGACCGGGAGAAAAUCUAGCAGCACGCCAAGCUUACCGGAUUGCACCGACACGGGAAUGCGCGACUCGGUGGCCUCCACCGAUCAAGCGGCUAGUGCCGACAACCUGGCCGCCAAGCAAGCAGCAGAAACGAUAGCCGAGAGCGUGCUCUCGAUGGCAAGGGCGGAAGCCGUGGUCGCGGUGACCGGCGAAGGAGCCGCCAACGCGACGAGCGAGUUGUCGGUCGUCUUGCAUCCCAGACCGGACACCACGGUGACCAGCGAUCUGGCCACCAUCGUCGAGAGCCUGACCCUGAACACCGACUGCCCUGCCACCAACAGCAACAGCAACAGAGCCACCAGCAGCUCCAAGCCGCUCUUCGGCACCGUGAGGGGAGGCAACAAGCCGGCAAGUGGACUUUUGAGUCUGGAGGCCGCCGAGGUGCUCGACCGGAUGCGAGAGGGCGCCGAUCGACUCCGCAACAACACCAAUAACUUCCUCAGCGGAGAACUGCUCGGUCUGGUGCCCGUCAGGAUCAGCGUGUCGGGCGAGACCGACGACAGCUCCAUGAGGAUCAAGCCGGUUCCUAGACAGCAUCCCGUGGUGGUCGAAGGGGCCAAGGACAAGGACGCCGGCGGCUCCACCUCGCAGAACGCCACCGGAGGGUGUCCCGUGGUCGUCACUAACCCCAUGUCCGUCUCCGUGCCGAAUCUCGCCUGCAGCGAUGCCAACAACACCAUAGAGCCGGCCGCUGCCACGGGACUGCUCGACACCUUCGCCUCCAUGGCUCGACGACGAACCCUGGGGUCCACCGGAGGUCAACAUAUAGCGCCUAAUUCAAAUGCUGGCUCGAACCCCAGAGGCCCGAAUUCUAUGUCGAGUCUGGUGCGACUCGCCCUGAACUCCAACUUCCCCGGAGGGUUGUUGAGCACCGCACAGAGUUACCCUAGCUUGACGAGCAGCGGCCAGGUCGCCGGUAGCGGGGUCACCACCACAACGGGUCCCGGCCUCGGCCAGGCCCUGACCAUGUCGUUAACCAGCACGAGCAGCGACAGCGAACAGGUCAGCUUCGAGGAGUUCUUGGAGUCCUACAGGGGCGCGCCCGGGUCGAGCGUCGGCGGGGGUGGCCGAGGUACGGGUGGACCCUCCCUCCUGACGGAGUUGGAGGACGACGAGGAUGGCAUCCUGGCCGAGGAGGACGACGACAACGACGAGAACGACCAAGAGGAGGACGACGAAGAGAACGAGGAGGAAGGCGAGGGUGGCGAGGGAGAGUACGAGGAGGGCAUGGUGAGCCGCAACCUCCUCGCGGCCUUCAUGGAGGAGGACACUCCGCAUAGCAGCAAAAGGCGAGCCUGGGAUGACGAGUUCGUCCUGAAGAGGCAGUUUUCCGCGCUUAUACCCGCCUUCGACCCGCGACCUGGGAGGACGAACAUCAAUCAGACGACGGAUCUGGAGGUACCGCCACCAGGUAGCGAGCUGCAGUCCAGCACUCGCACCGGUUCCUCGCAGACCCCGCGACUCAGUCUCACCCUGAAGGGCCCUGGACUGCCGGGAGUGCCGGACGUCGAGCUCCCGCUCUCGGAGCCGCACUCCAGCAUCUUCCAGGCGGUCCAGGAGCUGAUGCAGCUCACGGAGUUGGGCAGUCGCCAGGAGAAGCUCAGAAGGAUCUGGGAGCCGACCUACACGAUAAUCUACAAGGAGGCCAAAGAAGAGGAGAUGUCGGGCAGGGCAACGCCGAUCGUCACCCUGUAUUCCAGAAACCCGGCUCAAAGCUCAAACACCUGCACCGUCGAAGAUGUCCUCCAGCUCCUGAGGCACGUCUUCGUCCUCAGUACGAGACGCGACGAGAACGGCAGGUCUGAGGAGGACGGCGGCUCCGAGGAAGAUCCAUCCUGGGUGCAUCCCGAUGACUUCGCCUCGAAAAAGAUCACGAACAAGGUCGUGCAACAGAUACAGGACCCCCUGGCCUUGGCGGCCGGGGCCCUGCCGAGCUGGUGCGAGGAACUUGCCAGGAGCUGCCCCUUCCUGCUCCCCUUCGAGACUCGUAGGCUCUAUUUCAGCUGCACCGCCUUCGGGGCCUCCAGAUCGAUCGUCUGGCUGCAGACUCAGAGGGAUGCCGUCCUCGAGAGGCAACGCGCACCUGGUCUCAGUCCUCGGAGGGACGACAGCCACGAGUUCAGGGUGGGCAGGCUGAAGCACGAGAGGGUCAGCGUGCCGAGAGGCGAGAGACUCCUUGCCUGGGCCGAACAAGUGCUCAAGGUACACGCGGGUCGCAAGAGCAUCCUCGAAGUCGAGUUCGUCGGCGAAGAGGGUACAGGUCUGGGUCCUACUUUGGAGUUUUAUGCUCUGGUGGCUGCCGAGCUUCAGCGAAAGGACCUGGGCCUCUGGCUGUGCGACGACGAAGAGGUUGCCUGCUCGGACCAGGAAGAGUCCAUCUGUCCGCCAGGGGAGCAGGUUCGACCUGCCGGAUUCUACGUCAGGAGACCCAGUGGUCUCUUCCCUGCCCCCUUACCCCAGGACUCCGCGGCCUGCGCUCGCGCCGUCAGGUACUUCUGGUUCCUCGGCGUCUUCUUGGCCAAGGUCCUCCAGGACAAUCGGCUCGUCGACCUGCCGCUCUCCAGGCCGUUCCUAAAGCUGAUGUGUCGCGGCGACAUCGCCGACAACGUCAACGAGAGAAUCGGCCUGGGAGGAGCCGCCCAGGACAGCGUGUCCUCCAGUAUGGCCAGCAGCUUCAUCUCCGAGGAGGGCGACCCUGAAGCUUCCUACUCGUCUCUCGAGUCGGUGCCCUGGUACAGCGGGAUCCUGAAUAUCGAGGACCUGGCGAUCGUCGACCCGGUCAGAGGCGAGUUCCUGAAGGAGAUCCAGGCGCUCACCUCCAGAAGGGAGAAGCGCCUGUUCGAGGGGGCCGUCCUCUCCGAGGAUUCUCUGCGAAUAAGUCAUCCGUCCGGGGCGUCGGUCGCCAUCGAGGACCUCGCCCUUACCAUGACCUACGCCCCGAGCUCCAGGGUGUUCGAGCACGAGCAGAUCGACCUCCGCGAGGGCGGCGCCGAGAUCCCCGUGACCCUGGAGAAUGCCAAGGACUACGCCGAGCUGACGGUCGAGUUCUGCCUCGACCGAGGAAUCGCCAGACAGCUGGAGGCCUUCCGGGCGGGCUUCUCCAAGGUCUUCCCCAUGGAGAAGCUCUACGCCUUCAGCCCUGAGGAAGUCAGAGCGAUGCUCUGCGGAGAGCAGAAUCCCCAGUGGACCAAGGAAGACCUGCUCAGCUACACCGAGCCGAAGCUCGGCUACACCAGGGACAGCCCGGGUUUCCAGAGGUUCGUCAACGUCCUGCUCUCGCUGACUGGCCUGGAGCGGAAGGCGUUCCUGCAGUUCGCAACCGGCUGCUCGGCCCUACCCCCUGGAGGCCUCUGCAACCUGCACCCGAGACUGACCGUCGUCCGCAAGGUGGACGCCGGCUCCGGGGGCUACCCCUCGGUGAACACCUGCGUGCACUACCUGAAGCUGCCCGAGUACCCCACGGAGGAGAUUCUGAAGGAGAAGCUACUGGCCGCCACCCGGGAGAGAGGAUUCCACCUGAACUGAGCCCCGGUUCGCGAGGCGUGCCCACGGAAACCCGUGAAAAAGACCCCGAGGACGGGAGGCCGGCGAUGGGGCGGGAACGCGAUGACGAAGACGAGGUCGAGGGCGUCGUUCUCCACCCCUGCGCGGGAGACUCCCGAUGGAACGACCUGGCGCCCCCGUGCGCCGAUUGGCCCCGGUCUACGGACGUAGACGUGGCUCCGACCACGAAGAAGACCUUGAGGAAGCCAUCCCAAUGAAGCUCGUUCCUCGCAGAAGAGAUGGCACCGCGCAGAGUACCCUGCUACCGCCUAGCGAGUUAAUUAGAGUUAGCCUUAGGAAUAGUUGAGACGAAUAACUGGGGCUUGAGAAUUGGGGGAGACAUCCGGACAGACGACGAGAACGACGAACGGAUUGACAAAGAGGCAGUCCCAGGUUAUCCCGUCGAUGUACAAAUUCAGUUGAAUGCUGCAGGAGGUCAUUUCUGUUUUUGCGGACAAGGGUGGGGUACGUCCGGUCGGUCCGGCCGCUAGGCGAGGUGGAGGACCCGUGGAUCUUCCUCGCUUCAUCGGGAACCUCCUCGUUGGCCCCGAAGACCCACUGGACGAGGCACACCAUCAGGCCAAUCUUGGCGCGACCUCUGGAACGGGACACUCGGGGUGCAUCAGGGUGCCCUAGUGAGUCUCGGCGCCCCCUGGUACACCCUGGAAGCCGCGUCAUACCGCCGAACCUAAGCCAAAUGCUAAGCGCGCGUAGCGUUCUUCAGGGCGAGUACCGAGCUCUCGGGGACGGACCCCGAGGACGGCGCGUGAAUUAUACAUAGGGAAGGGACACUACGGCCACCUUCUACCUAGGCGUCUAGAGGAGCGAUACAAAGAUAUAAUAUAAGCGUGAGAGAUGACUAAUUAAAACGCUAACGCGACAUGAGGAAUAGUUACUAUUACUGUACUAUAAAUUAUUAUUGAUCCUUGGGAGGAAUAAAAGAGAAGUACGUUGCGA